AUGUCUCCCCAGCACCAGAAAUCAGGGAAUUUCAAACCCAACAACCCCCGCGCAAAGAAAGAAAAACGACCGCAACUCACGCACUUCCUCUGUCUCCCACUCGUCAACUCCACGUCUCUCCCUCAACUCGAAUCCUCCCUCGCAGCUUUCAAAGCUGAUAUACCACCUGCGACAACAUCCCACCAAGCCCAAGAACCCGCCAAACCAACCCAACCACUCAUUCCCGAUGCCGCAAUCCGCCCCGUCGGCACCCUCCACCUGACCCUCGGCGUGAUGAGCCUCCCUAGCAAAGAGCGCCUCGACGCCGCAAUCCACCUCUUACAAACCCUCGAUCUAGUCGCUCUAGUCCGUGAAGCGGAGACGAUUGCGCGCGCACGCGCACAACACCGGACGAACCGGGCACCCCAUCGAGCAUCUCCAUCAGGGUCUCACAGAACCAACAGAGAUGAAACGAACGAGUCAGCGCAUGGCGAGAUCGCGAGAAAUGAAACCGAAAAGCAGCACACUACUACUCCUCCUAGCCCGUUCACCAUCUCUUUGGAAUCAUUGCAUGCGCUGCCGCGCGCACGCUCGGCGACCGUAUUGCAUGCCGCGCCGGUGGACUCGACGGCGCGACUGUAUCCGUUCUGCGAGCUGUUGAGGGAUCGGUUUCUAGACGCUGGGUUUCUACAGGGGGAGGUUAAAAAUGAUGAUACGUCCCAGCAGCAGCAGCAGCAGCAGGGCCCCAGCGCAGAGACAAACCCUGCAGGGAGUGACGACGGCGCAACUGCACAGCGUCUAGUCGAGACGGAGCCUUCUCUUCUUGAAGAGAUGCCCGUCGACGUAGCAGAAGAUGUUGUGAGAGAAUCAGACCCCCUUGUCACAAACACGCACACGUCGUCGAAACAUGAGUCUCUGGCCCCGAAACCAAAAUCCAAACCGAAACCUCGACCGCUUCUCCUCCACGCCACGGUCGUCAAUACCAUCUACAUCAAGGGUCGAUCUCGAGGACCAGGCGGCGGGGGCAAGAGCCGCAAGAACAGUCGGUAUUCGUUCGAUGCAAGGGACCUGCUUGCGCGAUAUAAGGAUUACUAUCUCGACGGUGGUAGAACGAUACCGCGACCUUCUACUAUAGGCACUACGAUCACUGCAAACGGUCACCGGAAAGACGGCGAUAAUAGUGACAAAGACCAAGCUGUCCGGGGUAAAGAUGAUGGCCUAGAUGAUGCAGUCGAGAACGGCGCUCCGAACCCGUUCGUAUGGGCUCGUGAUUUUCCUAUCGAAUCUGUUUGCAUCUGUGAGAUGGGGGCUAAGAAAUUGGAUCCUGAAGGAGACGAGGAUGGGUUGAAUGCGAGGUUAAGAGAGAAAUAUAUGGUUGUUGCGGAGAAGAGUUUGGAUUUCUGA